ACGACGGGAGAGGCGGAGCCGAAGUGUAGCAGCUGAUCGGCAAUGUAGCAAACCCCCGGGUCACGUGGGGGGCGUGGGUCACAUGACUCUGGACCAUGUCUGCUCCUGGCGGUGGAGGCAGCACCGCUCCUCUCCUCUGUCUCCUCGCCCUCCUCUGUCCCGGGACCCUGGGGGAUGGGGAACCGAACUCCAGCUGUGGCUACCAGGCCUGUCCUGCUGUUAAUCCCAAGAUGCUGAAUGUCCACCUUGUGCCCCACACUCACGAUGACGUGGGCUGGCUGAAGACCGUUGACCAGUACUAUUAUGGAGGCAGGAUGGAGAUUCAGCGAGCUGGCGUGCAGUACAUCCUGGACUCUGUCAUCGACCAGCUGCAGGCAGACCCCGCCAAGCGCUUCAUCUACGUGGAGAUCGCCUUCUUCUACCGCUGGUGGAAGCAGCAGACCGAGGCCGUGAAGAAAGUGGUUUCCCAGCUGGUCAACGAAGGUCGGCUGGAGUUUGUGAAUGGAGGCUGGUGUAUGAACGAUGAGGCAACCACACACUACAGCUCCAUCAUCGACCAGAUGACCCUGGGCUUCCAGUUCCUCAACGACACGUUUGGGGAGUGUGGCCGCCCCCGCGUGGCCUGGCACAUCGACCCCUUUGGUCACUCCAGGGAGCAGGCGUCCCUCUUUGCACAGAUGGGGUUCGAUGGUUUUUUCUUCGGCCGCCUCGAUUAUCAGGACAAGAGCGCAAGAGAGUAUAGCCGGGAGAUGGAACUGGUGUGGCGAGCAAGCGCUAGUCUCCCGCAGCCCAGCGCCGACUUGUUCACAGGUGUUCUCCCCAACGGAUACAACCCUCCCUUGAUGCUGUGCUGGGACGUGCUUUGUUCUGACGAACCCAUCAAGGAUGAUAAAGACCUGGACGAGUACAAUGUGGACAAUGUCGUGUCGUACUUCCUGCAGACUGCGCGCGAUCAGGCAAAGCAUUACAAAACCAACCAGAUCAUCAUGACCAUGGGAUCGGAUUUCCAGUACCAAGACGCCAACAUGUGGUACAAGAACCUGGAUAAGCUCAUCAAAUACGUCAACGCCGCGCAGACCUUGGGGAGCGAUGUCAAUGUGUUCUACUCCACCCCCUCCUGCUACCUGUACGAGUUAAACAAGGCCAACCUCACCUGGUCGGUGAAGACUGAUGAUUUCUUCCCCUACGCCGAUGGUCCCUAUCAGUUCUGGACAGGGUUCUACACCAGCCGACCGGCUCUGAAACGUUACGAGAGGAUGAGCAACAACUUCCUACAAGUCUGUAAUCAGCUAGAGGUCCUGGCAUCGGCACCAGCUCGUUAUGGCCCUUACGGUGAAGGGAACAGUGCCGUACUGAAGCGAGCGAUGGGGGUCGCCCAGCAUCACGAUGCCGUCUCCGGUACGGAGAAGCAGCACGUCGCGGAUGACUACGCCAAGAGACUUGCCAAAGGCUGGGACAGCUGCCAGGUGCUGAUCAGUAACGCUUUGUCAUAUCUCAGUCGAUCCAAGCAAAACUUUGCCUUCUGUAACAAUCUCAACAUCAGUGUAUGUCCUUACAUUGAAGAGAUUAGUAAUUUCACAGUCACCCUGUACAACCCCCUCGCCAGGUCAGUGAGAACAUACUUGAGGUUACCUGUCAACGGCACCAACUACAUUGUCACCGACCCUGAGGGCAGCUCAGUCCUAAACCAGUUAGUGCCGGUGUCUAACUUCACGGUGGCUGUGCGCCAGGACCGUGGUUCUGCGGUGAACGAGCUGGUGUUUGAGGCGUGGGUGCCACCGCUGGGUUUCAGCACCUACCGGGUGUCACGUAAACCAGCGGACUCGGUCAUCCACCGCGUGGUCUGGCCGUCGGCCGGCUAUCAGGACGGGGGCAGAGACGCCAUGGUCAUCGAAAACGACUACGUCCGAGUAUUAUUUGACAAGAUCACCGGCCUGAUUAGUGCAAUCGAGAACCGGCACAAGAAUAUUUCUCUGCCCAUCACACAAAGUUUCUACUGGUACAGUGCCAGCACAGGUGACAGGCUCAGUAGCCAGGCCUCCGGUGCCUACAUCUUCCGACCAAGUAACGAUAUACCCGUUGCGUUAUCUAAAGAGGCCAACGUCUACAAAAUCGAGACAGAGUUGUUUCAGGAAGUUUAUCAGAACUUCACGCCCUGGUGCUCACAGGUGGUGCGGCUGUACAAGCAGCAGAAGUUUGUGGAACUAGAAUGGACUGUGGGGCCGAUUCCUGUGAAUGACUUAAUCGGCAAAGAAAUCAUCAGCCGCUUUGACACACCCUUAAACACAGCGGGAACCUUCUACACCGAUUCCAACGGCAGAGAAAUCUUAAAACGAAGGAGAAAUUAUCGGCCGACGUGGCAAUUGAACCAGACGGAGCCCGUGGCUGGGAACUACUACCCUGUGAAUAGCCGUAUCUACAUGAAGGAUGAAAGGAAUCAGCUGACGGUGCUGACUGACCGAUCGCAGGGAGGGAGCAGCGUCACGGAUGGUUCCUUGGAACUCAUGGUCCACCGGAGGCUGCUGCACGAUGACCACCGAGGGCUGGACGAGCCGCUGUCGGAGCCGGGCUACGACGGCAAGGGUCUGGUCGUGCGGGGGAAGCACCUCGUCUUCCUCGACACGGCCGAUGACUCAGCGGAACUCCACCGGAUACAGGCGGAGGCGGAGAUCAUGGCGACGCUCGCUGUCAUGGGCGUGGGGCCCGAGGCACCCUAUUACCACUCCCAGCCUCGCAUCACUGAGUUCACAGCCCUGAAGGAGGAACUACCUCACAACAUCCACCUCCUCUCGCUGGCUCAGUGGGACAACGCGACGGUGAUCUUACGCCUGGAGCAUCAGUUUGAAGUGGGAGAGAGCCAAGUCUACUCCAAGCCCCAGACCGUCAAUCUGUCUCGGUUAUUCUCUGCGUUUGAGAUUAAGUCGGUUGAAGAAAUGUCUCUGGGUUUCAACCAGCAGAGAAAGGAUAUGUCCCGACUCACCUGGAAUUCUGUAGAAGAGACAGAAGGCCCCAGACCGUUCUCCGUGUACUCUGUGACUCUGCGUCCCAUGGAAAUCCGCACGUUUCGUAUCAGCGUUCGUCACGGCUAACCACCCGAGCUCUGCUGGCCAGGACUGAGAGAAGUGAUAGAAUGAGCCGAAACAAUCAACAGGCACAUGAACCCAUCCACGGAGGGUUUUUUUAAUUCCAGCCGCAUCCAGCCUUCUUUCGCUUCUUUCUAUUAACAAAGGUUUACCCCUUUUUUGAUAGCUCCUGCAUUUUUUAAAUCUGUGAAUUUAGCUUCUGUUAGUUGCUUCCAAAGCAAUGGUCUACCGACCUCAGAAUGUAAUUCGCACACACACCCUCUCACAUUGCCUUUGAUUACAAUGCGUGGGGGAGAAGUAACAAGAUCUAGUCAGGUAAUAUUUUGGUUGCAUUCACUAUUUCCCCCUCAUCCACAUUUACUGUUGCUCAAGACUCCAGCAUCUGCAACAUCUUGCAUUCCCCCCCCCCCCCCACAAUCUCCAUAGACUUACUGUUCACUAAAAGUGAUUGUGAUUUGUGUUACAGACACUUUGAGGGUCAUUUUGGUCUGGUCUGGUCUGGCCGAGAAAGAUUGUGUAAGUGUGCAAAUGCAUCUUUUCCAAAAAUGAGCUUUGGUGAAGAGCAUCCCUUCAAAGCUUCUGCCUAAUCACAAUUUAACAUGACCUCCCUUCUAUCCCCCUCAAACAGAUCCUUUGCUGGAGUCCUUGGUACAAGAAAGACCUUGUGGCUGAGCUGAUCUGAUAAUAAGUGCUCUCUCUUUUCUCCUCUCCCUCCCCACCCAAACAAAAACAUAAAAUGAAGAGGAUCUAUACAAUUUCGAUCAAGUCUGUGGAAAACUUUACAAGGGGGUUUGUAAAUUCCCGCUUCAAGGACCACUGAUUCACAAACGUACAUUUGGCACCUAUUGAUGAAAAUAUUUUUUGUGAAAGCAUGACUUAUCUUGGAUAUUAACGGAAGGGCAGAGAGUCGAAACGCCAGUAGGUGGACAAAGUGCCCACGAUUCUAGUGUUGUAAAACCGCUGAUCCUUCAGCUAGGGCUCCUGUGCCUUCUGAGGAUACCCAGGGUAAAUUAUGCAAUGGUGCAUCUGGAGAGAAGGAUACAUGGGCAAAGUAUUGUGGCAAAUUAUUAGUAUUAAGGAGGAGGAGGGGGGGGGGGGUGAAAUAUGCUGGGAGAGAUACAAGUGCUGGAUGAUUGAAGAGGGACAAUUCAGAAAAGUUUAGCAGCAUCUGCCAUGAAAUCUCAAAUUGUGCCAUGAUUUUUUUUUUUACGGAAAGCGCUAAAAAGGAAAAAAAAUAAACCUCAUGCCAAAGCAA